CGCCUGCCUCGAUCCAUCCUCUUAAAAGCAAUUCACGCAGUUGUCCUCAACUCUUUGGAACGGAAACAUCGUCAAGUCGCCGUCGCAUCGGCGAGAGCACGUGCGCUAUCGCACUUAUGAAUGAAAACAAACUGAUCGCGAAUGUUGAUAGAAAAGUUUGGUUUAUUAAUUUCUCAAAUGGAAUAUUCGUAAAGUGAUUUGAGGUGUUCUGUGUGGCAGGUCGCGAUGUGGAGUCUUGUUCUUGUGGUGGUUUUGGUUGGGGGUACAAAUAGUUAUUUAGACAAACCCCCUACAAUAGAUUUUCAAGCACCAAACAACCAAUCUGUGAUCAUAAUCGACUCAAAAACAUUUAAACAGUACAACAGAUACGAAGACAAACCAAAAGCGACACAAACCGUGAGUUCAAACGGUACGCUUCCGGUAUUUUCCAGUUGGUCAGCCUGGUCCAGGUGCAUGAACUGCAUGCAACGAAGAAUAAGGACUUGCGUAAAACCUAGUUUGUGUGAACUCAAUUCCAGGACCUACGAAGAAAGGACUUGUAACUCGAGUAGAUGCAAGAGAAAAUUAUGGAAGCGGGAAGAUUUUAGAAUCGUGCAUUUGAAUAAGAAAAGUAAUCAUUUUUUAAAACAAGCCCCUACUGACACUUGGAGCAAAUGGCUGGAUUGGACCCCUUGUUCAGAAAAAUGUAAAACAUCACGUAUAAGAAUAUGCAGAAAACCUGGACGAUGUCAAAAAGAACAACAAAUGCAGAACGCAUUUUGCUACUUUAAGGGAUCAUAUUGCGAAAAAUACGUUCUCAAUUUGAUCGACAAUAACCAAAAGUAUCCAGAUAAUAGAAGAUAUGAAUAUAGCAAUAAUACAGAACCUGUUAAUCGAAAAUCUAAGACACGUUGUGGGAGACCGUAUAAAAAGUCAAAAAUGUUAAGAAUUAUUGGAGGUAGAGAAGCUCAAAGACAUAAAUGGCCAUGGCAUGUGGCAGUUCUUAACAAAUACCUGGAAGUUUUUUGCGGAGGCACCCUAAUAGCCCCCAGAUGGGUCCUAACAGCAAGCCACUGCAUCCGCAGCUUCCUAAGGGUGCGUCUCAACGAAUUCGACCUGACCGCUGACGACGGUCGCGAGUUGGAAAUGAAAGUAUCCAAAGUAUUUCCUCAUCCCAGAUUCAACCAUCAAACUGUGGAUAACGAUAUAGCUCUUCUUCUAUUGCCCAGAGCUGUUAAAAUACCUGUUGCCUGCCUCCCUAGAAGAAAACCCAGGGCCGGGGAACUUUGCUCUGUGAUGGGGUGGGGCAAAGUGAAUACUUACCAUCGAUAUGGGAGCACAAUAUUAAAUGAAGCCAAAUUGCCAAUAAUACCAACGCAUACAUGUCGAAAAUCCUACAAACAAAUCCUGAUAACAGAGAAUAUGUUGUGCGCAGGAUGGACGUCUGGGAAACAGGACACAUGCGCAGGAGACAGUGGCGGAGGUUUGAUGUGCCCGGUGCGGAAAAAAAAGAAAAUAUACAAAGUCAACGGUAUCACCAGUUUCGGCGAUGGAUGUGGUCGAAUAAAAAAAUAUGGAAUUUAUACUUCUGUUUAUAAUUAUGUUCCUUGGAUCGAUCAUAUUAUUGAAAUGUAUUCAUAGAGAACAUUUAAAAAAUAAUUCAAUUUCCUACAUCUUACUUAACUGGAAAAUCUGGUGUCUUAGAAUUCGUGCCAUGCCUUGCAUUUGUAUGGGACUUUAGUUUAUGUGUAGGGAAUGUCAUAAAACAAACCGUUUGUGGUACCACGAUACCAACAUAACUAAUAAGUGCCUUGCUGAACGUAAAUAUUUAAAAAUAAAUUUUAAUAUCGACUGAAACUAUAAAAUAAAUUUUUGAAUACACUGUGAUCAAUUUGUCCAUUAUACCCAUAAUAAAUUUUAACUCUUUAUUAUAGUUGUUAAAGCUUUUUUAAGAAGGACUUUGUAAAUAUUAGCG